GACGUGCGGUGCUUGGCUGGCCGCGGAGUCCGCCGAAGCUUUCUGCGGCCGGCUGAGCCAGCUGAGGGGGGAAAUGGCUCGGACCCUAGCGGCUGCGACCGCUCGGGUUGCAGUGGACACAGAGACCCUGGAGGCGUGAGGUCUUGAUUAUUUGGAAACUACAAGAAAAAAUAAGAUUAGGGAAAGGCUUGUCUUUUUAGUGGACAUGGCUCAGAUAUCUAACAACAGUGGAUUUAAACAGUGUUCACCUUCUUCACAUCUGGAACCAACAAGAACAAAAGAUGUGGACAAAGAAGAAGCAUUGCAGAUGGAAGCAGAAGCUUUAGCAAAACUACAAAAGGAUAGACAAGUGACUGAAUAUCAGAGGGGCUAUGAAUUGUCAAGCAGCAGCAGACAAAGAGCACAAGUUUUUAACAAACAGGAUUAUGAUCUCAUGGUGUUUCCUGAGUCAGAUUCCCCCAAACGAACAGCAGACAUUGACAUAGAAAAACUUACCCCAGCUGAACUUGAGAAACUAUUGCUGGAUGACAGUUUUGAGACUAGGAAAACACCUGUUUUGCCUGUUACUCCUGUUCCUGUUCUGAGCCCUUCCUUUUCAGCACAGUUCUAUCUUAGGCCCACAAUUCAAAGAGGACAGUGGCCACCUGGCUUAUCGGGGCCUUCUGCUUAUACUUUACCUUCUAUUUAUCCUUCAACUUACAGUAAGCAGGCUGCAUUCCAGAACGGCUUCAACCCAAGAAUGCCUCCUUUUCCAUCUACAGAACCUAUAUAUUUGAGACUUCCAGGACAGUCUCCUUAUUUUUCAUAUCCUUUGACACCUGCUACACCCUUUCAUCCACAAGGAGGCUUACCAGUCUGUCGGCCAGUAGUUAGUCCUGAUAUGGCAAAACUAUUUGACAAAAUAGCUAGUACAUCAGAAUUUUUAAAAAAUGGGAAAGCAAGGACUGAUUUGGAAAUAACAAAUUCAAAAGCUACAGUCAGCAAUCUACAGGCAUCUCCAAAACCUGGGGAUAUUAGUAAAUUUGACUGGUUAGACUUGGAUCCUCUUAGUAAGCCUAAGGUAGACAAUGUGGAAGUAGUAGAUCACGAUGAAGAGAAAAAUUUUCCACGUUUACUAGCUGAAGAUCCUUGGGAUGCUGUUCUUCUUGAAGAGAGAUCACCAUCAAGUUGUCACCUGGAAAGAAAGGUGAAUGGAAAAUCCCUUUCUGGGGCAACUGUAAUGAGAAGCCAAUCUUUAAAUAUUCGAACAACUCAGCUUACAAAAGCACAGGGCCAAAUGACUCAGAAAGACCCAAAUGGGACCAGCAGCUUGCUAAGUGGAAGUUCCCUCCUACAAGAACUUGAAGUACUGAAUGAGGAGGUGGCAGCUUUUUGUCAAUCCAUUACAAAAUUGAAGACCAAAUUUCCAUAUACUGAUCACUGCACAAAUCCAGGCUACUUUUUAAGUCCAGUCACAGUGCAAAGAAACCUAUGUGGAGAAAAUGCAAGUGUGAAGGUCUCCAUUGAGAUUGAAGGAUUUCAACUGCCAGUUACUUUUACUUGCGAUGUGAGUUCUACUGUAGAUAUCAUUAUAAUGCAAGCCCUUUGCUGGGUACAUGAUGAUUUGAACCAAGUUGAUGUUGGCAGCUAUAUUCUGAAAGUGUGUGGUCAAGAGGAAGUUCUACAGAAUAGCCAUUGCCUUGGAAGUCAUGAGCAUAUUCAAAAUUGUCGAAAAUGGGACACAGAGAUUAAAUUACAACUCUUGACCUUCAGUGCAAUGUGCCAGAAAUUGGCCCGAACAGCAGAAGAUGAUGAAACACCUGUGGAUUUAAACAAGUUCCCGAAUCAAAUAGAAAAACCUUACAAAGAAGUCAUGACAAGACACCCUGUUGAAGAAUUAUUAGAUUCUUAUCAUAACCAAGUGGAACUAGCUCUUCAAACAGACAACCAGCACCGAGCCAUAGAUCAAGUAAUUAAAGCUGUAAGAAAGAUCUGUAGUGCUUUAGAUGGCAUAGAGACUCCUGCCAUUACAGAAUCAGUAAAGAAGCUAAAGCGAGCAGUAAACCUUCCACGGAGUAAGAGUGCUAAUGUGACACCACUAUCUGGAGGAGGAGAUACUAGCAAAAACUCAAAUAGGGGCUCAUUGAGUCAGGAAAAUCCUAUUCAGUUAUGCAUGGACCAAUUAACUGCAGCAAUUUAUGAUCUUCUCAGACUUCAUGCAAAUUCUAGUAAGAAUCCAGAAGACUGUUCCUCAAGUAGCAGGAGCAUCAAGGAAGCUUGGACUACAACAGAACAGCUGCAGUUUACUAUUUUUGCUGCACAUGGAAUUUCAAGUAACUGGGUAUCAAAUUAUGAAAAAUACUACUUGAUAUGUUCCCUGUCUCACAAUGGAAAGGAUCUUUUUAAACCCAUUCAAUCAAAGAAGGUUGGCACUUAUAAGAAUUUCUUCUAUCUUAUUAAAUGGGAUGAACUAAUCAUUUUUCCCAUCCAGAUAUCACAAUUGCCAUUAGAAUCACUUCUUCAUCUUACUCUUUUUGGAAUUUUAAAUCAGAGCAGUGGAAGUUCACCUGAUUCUAAUAAGCAGAGAAAGGGGCCGGAAGCUUUGGGCAGAGUUUCUUUACCUCUUUUUGACUUUAAACGGUUUUUAACAUGUGGAACUAAACUUCUAUACCUUUGGACUUCAUCACAUGUAAAUUCUAUUCCUGGAACAAUUCCCAAAAAAGGAAAUGUCAUGGAAAGAAUAGUGCUACAGGUUGAUUUUCCUUCUCCUACAUUUGAUAUUAUUUAUACAAAUCCUCAAGUUGACAGAAGUGUUACACAGCAACAAGACUUAGAGACACUGGAACAUGAUAUAAAAGAGAAACUUCUUGAUAUUCUUCACAGAGAUUCAUCACUUGGACUUUCUAAAGAAGAUAAAGCCUUUUUGUGGGAGAAACGUUAUUAUUGCCUCAAACACCCAAAUUGCCUUCCUAAAAUACUAGCAAGUGCCCCAAACUGGAAAUGGGUUAAUCUUGCCAAAACUUACUCAUUACUUCACCAAUGGCCACCAUUGUGCCCACUGACUGCAUUGGAGCUUCUUGAUUCAAAAUUUGCUGAUCAGGAAGUGAGAUCCCUAGCUGUGGCUUGGAUUGAGGCUAUUAGUGAUGAUGAGCUAACAGAUCUUCUUCCACAGUUUGUGCAAGCUUUGAAAUAUGAAAUUUACUUGAAUAGUUCAUUAGUGCACUUCCUUCUGUCCAGAGCAUUGGGAAAUAUCCAGAUAGCACACAGUUUAUAUUGUAUCUAUGAGAUGGCACAUUCUGAAAUAGUGUACUUAAGACUAUUGCGGGGUGCCUGGUGGCUUACUCCUGUUGUCCUCCAGAGGAGUAUGGAACGUGUACAGUUGUUUUUUCAGGAAAAUAAUUGUCGGCUUCCUCUCAAACCAAGUCUAGUGGCAAAAGAAUUAAAUAUUAAGUCAUGUUCUUUCUUCAGUUCUAAUGCUGUACCUCUAAAAGUCACAAUGGUGAAUGCUGAUCCUAUGGGAGAAGAAAUUAACGUUAUGUUUAAGGUUGGUGAAGAUCUUCGGCAAGAUAUGUUAGCUUUACAGAUGAUAAAAAUUAUGGAUAAGAUCUGGCUUAAAGAAGGACUGGAUCUGAGAAUGGUAAUUUUCAAAUGUCUUUCAACUGGCAGAGAUCGAGGCAUGGUGGAGUUAGUUCCUGCUUCAGAUACCCUCAGGAAAAUUCAAGUGGAAUAUGGUGUGACAGGAUCCUUCAAAGAUAAGCCACUUGCAGAGUGGCUAAGGAAAUAUAACCCUUCUGAAGAAGAAUAUGAAAAGAGGGAUAGAGCUCCUUUUGUGCUUACCUCUGAUAUGGCAUAUGUCAUUAAUGGGGGUGAAAAGCCUACCAUACGUUUCCAGUUGUUUGUGGAUCUCUGCUGUCAGGCCUACAACUUGAUAAGAAAGCAGACCAACCUCUUUCUUAACCUACUUUCACUGAUGAUUCCUUCAGGUUUACCAGAGCUAACAAGUAUUCAGGAUUUGAAAUACGUUAGAGAUGCACUUCAACCCCAGACUACAGAUGCUGAAGCUACUAUUUUCUUUACUAGGCUAAUUGAGUCAAGUUUGGGAAGCAUUGCCACAAAGUUUAACUUCUUCAUUCACAACCUUGCUCAGCUGCGUUUUUCUGGUCUCCCUUCUAAUGAUGAAGCCAUUCUUUCAUUUUCACCCAAAACAUACUCCUUUAGACAAGAUGGUCGAAUCAAGGAAGUCUCUGUUUUUACAUACCAUAAGAAAUACAACCCAGAUAAACAUUAUAUUUAUGUUGUCCGAAUUUUGAGGGAAGGACAGCUUGAACCAUCAUUUGUAUUCAGGACAUUUGAUGAGUUUCAGGAACUUCACAAUAAACUCGGUAUUAUAUUUCCACUUUGGAAGUUACCUGGCUUUCCUAAUAGGAUGGUCCUAGGAAGAACACACAUAAAAGAUGUAGCAGCCAAAAGGAAAAUUGAGUUAAAUAGUUAUUUACAGAGUUUGAUGAGUGCCUCAACAGAUGUAGCAGAGUGUGAUCUUGUUUAUACUUUUUUCCACCCCUUACUUCGUGAUGAGAAAGCUGAAGGGAUAGCUAGGUCUGCAGGUGCAGGUCCCUUUAGUCCUACACCAGGCCAAAUAGGAGGAGCAGUGAAGUUAUCUGUUUCUUACCGAAAUGGGACUCUCUUCAUUAUGGUGAUGCACAUCAAAGAUCUCGUUACUGAAGAUGGAGCUGACCCAAACCCCUAUGUCAAAACAUACCUUCUCCCAGAUACUCAUAAAACAUCUAAACGUAAAACCAAAAUUUCACGAAAAACUAGGAAUCCAACAUUCAAUGAAAUGCUUGUGUACAAUGGAUAUAGCAAAGAAACCCUGAGACAGAGAGAACUUCAACUAAGUGUGCUCAGCUCAGAAUCUCUACGGGAGAAUUUUUUCUUAGGUGGAAUAACUCUGCCUUUGAAAGAUUUCAACUUGAGCAAAGAGACAGUUAAGUGGUAUCACCUGACUGCAGCUACAUAUCUGUAAACUAAAGAAUUUCUGAGUUUUGGAAGCAAGAAGUUACAAAUGGGUGUGUACAUGAGUACAUACACUGAGCUUUGUAUAUUUUUAUACAUGGGUAGAAAUUAUAAAUAUAUUUGCUGCAUUUGAGCACAUCUGUUGGACCAACAGUCACAUAACUACUUUUAUAAAUUUUGGGACGCUCUUGGCUGUUUUAAAGUCGUUAUAUUUAAUGCUAUAAAUCCUAAACAAAUCCUGAGAAAUGACUUUGAGAUAGUACAGUCAGUUUGGCCACCUAUUUUGUAUUGUUUCCUAUACAGAACAGCGUUCUUGUUUCCUGUUAUGCACCUUUACAGCCUUUACCACUGCGUAUGUUCACAAGCACCAAAGUAAAGAUGCAGAAUGUUUCCACAAAAUACAGCUGCUAUUCACAGGGCUGAAAAGCAAAGCACAAAUAGUAUAUAGCUAUGUAAAGAACUGCUAAAUAGUUUCAUAAAGGUAAGGAAAAAACAAUAGUUUUUUACUCAUUGUUAGAGCCUUUAUCAGAAUAAGUGCCAAUCACUGAAGUUGUAAAUAAUGGUGCCUUACUUAACUUUAUAUGCUUCCUUGGCACUUUUCUGAUUGUUUUCUGGAUUUGAUAAGCAAGUAAUUUUCACUCACUUUCAGCUAGGACAAAAAGUUAUGUAUAUACUCGUAUUUUUCCCACAAAAAUCAUUUCCUAUACUUCUGAAUCUGACUUAUAGUUACUGUAACUGUCAAGCUAUUUAGUUUUGUUGCCCAGUAACUAAGAGAUUUGUUGACAAAGUUGUUCUCUAAAUAAUUCUAUCAUUCCAUCAUAACCCUACAUUAAUUCCUGGGGGUAUAAACUGAAGUUGGGUAAUUUCACUGUUAUAUUUUAUUUUAUUCCCACUUUCUCCUCCUCCCCCCCCCCCCCCAAAUCAUGGGGCUUGAACUCAGGG